GGAGAGACGUGCGGAGAGGCCAUCCGAGACCGCUUCAGGUGACCGUCAGCGGCGACAAGAACGGACACCAUGUCGGACCACCAUCCGCCGUCGGACGGCCGCCGCUACAGGAGCCGUCUGCCGCGGGAGCACAUCCUAGGCGACGACUUCAACAUGUGGUCGGUGCUGAAGGGCGGCAUCGGCAAGGAGUUGACGAAGGUGCCGAUGCCGGUGAGCUUCAACGAGCCGCUGAGCUUCCUGCAGCGGAUGGCCGAGCUGAUGGAAUACUCGGAGCUGCUGCAGCUCGCCGCCGGCCAGGAGGACAGUGUCAGCCGCAUGGAGUUGGUGGCGGCGUUCGCUGUGAGCGGUCUGGCCUGUAACUGGGGCCGCACUGCCAAACCGUUCAACCCACUGCUCGGCGAGACCUACGAGCUGGAGAGAAAUGGCUUCAGGAUGGUGUGUGAGCAGGUCUCUCACCACCCACCGGUCACGGCCUUCCACGCCGAGGGCGACCAGUACCAGUUUCACGGCUCGGUUCAUCCCAAACUCAAGUUCCUCGGACGUUCCCUGGAGAUCAGCCCGCGAGGCACACUAGCCGUGGAACUUCCCGGUCAUGAAGAGACGUACACGUGGAGCAACGUCAACUGCUACGUGCAUAACGUGGUGGUGGGGAAGCUGUGGGUUGAGCAGCAGGGAACCAUGACCAUCACCAACCACAAAACAGGAGACACAUGCACUCUCGUGUUCAAGUCAUCUAGCUCCUCGAAGUCGUCUCAUCGGGUAGAAGGCUUCAUUCAAGACAGAAUGAAGACGCGGCACCGGUUCCUCUACGGGAAAUGGACUGAGUACCUGAGAAGCAUGGACAUUGAAUCCUAUGAAAAUAAUCUCUCUUUGAGCGAGCAGAGACUCGGUUCGAGCCAGGAGACGGAGCGGCGCGCGGGUCUGUCGCCGAUACACGGGCCGCGGAAGAUGUUCUCACGACUCAACAGCAUCACUACGGCUCCAUUCCGCAGUCACUCAGAUAGAGAGUUGAACGUGGAGCAUGACUCUCCGGACGACCUGUCGGCCGAGGGAGCUCUGAGCCGCAGCAGUUCGGGUCACUCGCUGGGGUCAGCCGGCAGCCGGACCCUGUGGCAGGCCGAGCCGCCGCCGGUGGACGCCCACAAGUACUACCACUUUACACGGUUCGCCAUGUCGCUCAACGAGCUGCUGCCCGAUAUGGAGCUCUGCAGGACCGACUCGCGGCUGCGGCCGGACAUCAGAGCUCUCGAAUCGGGAGACACGGAGAAGGCAGGCGCUGAGAAGGCGAGGCUGGAGGACAAGCAGCGACGCGCUGGGAAGGCCAGAUCCAAGCGCAAACAGGCGUGGACACCGCGGUAUUUUCAGCUUUGCAAAAGUGCCGACACGAAUAUAGAAGACUGGACGUAUAUGAACAAUUUUUGGGAAGAAAAGAACACUACAGAUGUUGACAUAUUCUAGAUGGAUAGCUUCAACGUGACAACGAAAGACAACUAUUGUCAUAGAAAAAAUGUCCAUGCACUUGACGAUGCUGUUUAGAAAACGACAUAGUGCUUUGUUGUAUCGUAAUUUAUAUGUAAAGCGCCGUGGUUGUUUGCUAUCAGUGAUGGUUAGCUAUCUGUGGCGGCUUCUGGUGCAUUUGUGGUGAACUUGGUCUGGGAGGGAACUGUUUGGCAAUGUGACUUUGUAUCUUAGCUUUAUAAUACGGCAUUGCGCCAUGUGACAAGUGUUCUCAGUAUUUUGGAGCAUUUCAUUGAGCGAUAUUGUAUAGUGGAAAAUAAUGAUUUCAUCUUAUCACGGAUAUCCCAAACAUCAGACCAAUCUGGAACGAAGUUUUUACAGGUUAUUUUUUCUAAAUGUGGCAAUGGGACCAUGGCAGCGAAAACAAAUGUUUUAUUCUUAUAAACUGCCGGCUGUUUUGCACCAGUGUGCCCUACAGCUCAGACGUUCUCAUAUCAUUAUGGGUUCUAGUGGACGAAUGCUCUUAGAAAGUUGUCAUUUCGUUUGACCUUAAC